UUUUAGUGUUGCUGACGAGACGCUUAUUAGAUUUAUCAGAUUUCGUAAAAAUGUGUGUGCCUGUGCGCUGGUUGUGUGAGAUAAUGCUAUAUUAUUCGCAUUCGCAAUGCCAGCCCGGGCGAAACAUCUCUUCUAUAAAUGUAGCCUAGCCUACGGUGUUGCUCCAUAAAAGAACAGCGCGUGUAGAAAAAUGUGUUGAUCCAUCAGAAGGGAAGGGUAGCCUACAUUUUUUUCCCCCGGAGAAAGGACAAAUCGGGAUAAGGAGGCUAUUUUUCAGAAAGGACAUCGUCGGGACAGUAAAAUGUAAUUUCCAAGGAAGCAACUUCAGUCCCUACCAUUUCUUACUUUGCUCAAACAAAGUCUUUCUGGAUAACAUCUCAAAGGAAUAUCUUACUGUCAAGUGUUCAAAGAGACUGUUGGGAUAUUUUUUGAUACCUUUUGAGGCUUCUCAGCCCUAGGAUCUGUACUAUCGUUGCUACAUUAUACUUGAGGACAUGUCUGCUGUGCGGCUGCUGCUCCUGUUUCUGCUUUGUGCCCUCUUUGUGUCCCUAUCUCAUGGGGCCUGCGCAGAGGUGGACUCGGACACUGAGGCCGUUGCAGGCAAAGGGUUCAAACUGGGAUGCAUCUCCUGUAAGAUGAGGCCCGAGGUGGAGGCUUCUGCCACAGUCGACUGGUAUUUCAAGGCCAAAGGGGAAGCUGACUUUGCUCAUAUAUAUAAUUACGAUGAGGAGGGCCAGCACGUUGUGGAUGAGCGCUUCGAGGACCGUGUGGACUGGAGCGGCAGUAAGCAGAGCCAAGACAUACAGGAUGCGUCCAUCUACCUCUUCAAUGUCACCUUCAAUGACUCGGGCACCUACCGUUGCUUCUUCCACCGGCUCCUGACGUACGAGUUCUACGAAUACCAGACCGUUGUCAGCAAGGUUGUGCACCUGACAGUGGUGGCUAAAGCUACCAGAGGGACAGCCUCCAUAGUCUCUGAGGUGAUGAUGUACGUGUCCAUCAUUGGGCUACAGGCUUGGCUCUACAUAGAGAUGGUAUACUGCUACAGAAAGAUCUCCGCUGCAGGAGAGGAAGCAUUACGAGAAAGCGCGAAUGCAGAAUAUUUAGCUAUAGCCUCGGAGAGUAAAGAUAACUGUGGUGUGCAAGUGGCAGAAUAACCCAGGAAUUCAAGCGGUGCCAUCUACAGACUGGCCUCAUCACCGACACGACCCCUUGUUUUGCAUGAAGACACCCGGAAGAUGUAUAGUAUCUCUGAGUCUUUAUUAUUCCUGUUAAAAUGUUAAUGGAUAAAUGUGAUAUGAUGACAUGAUUACUUUUAGAGUAGUAUGUGUAAGAAUCCUAUUUUUCAGUUUUAAUGGUAUCUCUCUCUCUAAAGUGUAUGUACAUUUAUAUUAAGAGGUAUUGUGAGCAUAAGGACACAAGGCGAGACCCAAAUGCAGACACAGGAAGCAGAUGGUUGAGCUCCGAUAUUUAUUAGUCCAAGGGGUAGGUAAAAGGUAGGUCGGGGACAGGCGAGAGUUCAUGAACCGGAUCAGAGUCCAAAACAGUACCAGAUGAAGGGCAGUCUUGAGGUCAGGCCAGACAGGGGUUCAGUAACCAGAUUGGAGUCCAAACAGUACAAGGGGAUAGGCAGGCUUGAAGACAGAACAGGCAGAGUGGUCAGGCAGGCAUGGGUCAAAACCAGGAGGACUAGAACCAAAAGAGACUGGGGGGAAAAAAAUAGGACAAGAAAAACCACUGGUUGACUUGGCAAACAAGACAAACUGGCACAGAGAGACAGGAAACACAGGGAUAUAUACACCGGGGAUAAUAAGCGACACCUGGAGGGGGUGGAGACCAUCACAAGGACAGGUGAAACAGCUCAGGGUGUGACAGUGAGAGAAUUAAUCUGAUUGAAUGGUUAUCGCGAGAUCACUUUGGAAUUAGAAUACUCGAAUGGACAUGAACGUUCUUAUGAUAGUAUAAAAGGUCAGCCAUUUUGGUAAGAGAGUUGGUCAACCCCAAUGGUCAGCGAGUGCUGUGAAAAGAUGUUAUUUAAAACAAUGAAUUUAAAACAAUGACUUUGAAAAUUAUAUGCACAGUAAUGUUUAUUAGCUAGCUAGUCUGCCAGUUUUAGUAGAAUGAUUCCAUCAUUUUUUUCGAAAUAACUGCCAAUAUGCCGACAUUCCAAACAAACAAUGCAGUCAAUACACUGGCUGAAAUCAGUUGGUGAUAUGACUUAGACAAAGUGUAAAUGCAACAAGUAACUGAUAUUGUAUUAUAUAAGAUUCACAACUUUCCAAGAAAACAAACAUUGAAAACAUUUUUGAGGCAAUUUAUACAGAACAUUUGUAUAAAACCUGUAUUUACAGGUCAAAAGUUUGGACACCUACUCAUUCCAGGGUUGUUCUUUAAUUUUACUAUUUUCUAACA